CUUUACCUACCAGGCUACUCCCCUAGAUUCAGGACUACCUAAUCGCAUUUUGUCUCUAUCAUCUACUCCGUAACUUCCUUCAAAGUUUCCCACUUAUGAAUAGAGGAUCAGCUCAAUUAUUCUAUUUAGGUCUCCCACGCUUAGAAGUAGUUCCUCCAGGGAGAGAGAAGUCAAAGUUGGGCGACGAAGUUUCAGUGUUCUGAUCUUCCUAACUCAUCGCCUUCUCCUCUUUCAGCACAAUGAAGAAGAGUCCCAUGUCUCCCAGAAACCUCAGCUCCAAUGGAAAUGCAACCUUCAUCCAGACUGAGCAUGGCCAUAGUGAUUCACUAUCUCUCUUGAACUCAGAGGGGUCUGUAGAGCAGCCUUUUGUUGAUGGAAUUGAUGAUAAUCUAAUUGAGUUCUCUGAAGCUUUGAGAACGGUUGCUAAAGUGUUAAGGCAAGCUGCUGAGGGAAAGGCGUCUGCUCAAGCUGAGGCCACUGAAUGGAAACGCAGAUAUGAAUUGGAGAGGGAGCAUAAUCAGAAGUUGGAACAAAAGGACAAGCAUAACUCUGAGCAUAGAGACAGAAGAUUAAAUCACUUGAUGGGUCAGCCUGUACAAUCAGAUGGAACUGCUGAAAAAUCUGGAAGGUGCUGUGGUGAGAACGGGAUUUGCUCUCAUGAAGUUCUUCGGAAUGGGGAAGCUGAAUAUAAUACCAAUGUUAUCCCACAUAAGAUGAUGAGAAAGGCUUCCUUUAAGCUAUCAUGGUGUUGUAAAGGUGAAAACAGCAACCAACAUAAGCAUGAUAUUGUCUCUUUUGAAAAGGGAAAUAUAACUACGGCAGAGCGAAGCAGUAAACAGAUUUCUUUGAAGUGGGAAUCUCCCCCCCAAACGGUACUUAUUUUGACUAAACCUAAUUCAGCUGCUGUUCAAAUGCUGUGCUUGGAAAUGAUCAGAUGGUUGAAGGAGCAGAAAAACAUGAACAUUUUUGUGGAACCACGAGUAAGAGCUGAGCUUUUAUCGGAGUUGUCAUACUACCAAUUUGUACAGACGUGGGGUGGUGAAGAAGAGAUCAUGCAACUGCACACGAAAGUUGAUCUUGUUGUAACCCUUGGCGGAGAUGGGACUGUUCUCUGGGCAGCAUCAAUGUUCAAAGGCCCGGUUCCACCAGUUGUUUCUUUUUCUCUAGGCUCUUUGGGCUUUAUGACCCCUUUCCAUAGUGAAGAAUAUAAACAAUACCUUACUUCAAUUCUUCACGGUCCCAUCAACAUUACAUUAAGGCAUCGACUGCAAUGCUAUGUAAUACGAGAUGGUGCUAAAAAUGAAUUCGAAACUGAAGAGCAAGUUCUUGUUCUCAAUGAGGUCACGAUCGACCGUGGAAUUUCAUCUUUUCUCACAAACCUAGAGUGUUAUUGUGAUAACUCAUUUGUCACAUGUGUACAAGGGGAUGGGUUAAUUUUAUCUACAACAUCUGGGAGCACUGCCUAUUCACUUGCAGCAGGAGGGUCUAUGGUGCAUCCUCAGGUCCCUGGCAUACUCUUUACGCCAAUCUGCCCGCAUUCCCUAUCAUUUAGACCACUUAUCUUACCGGAGCAUGUGACCCUUCGAGUGGUGGUGCCAUACAACAGCAGGGGACAUGCAUGGGCAUCGUUUGACGGGAAAGACAGAAAACAAUUGGCGCCUGGGGAUGCACUUAUCUGUAGCAUGGCGCCUUGGCCUGUUCCAACUGCUUGUGAAACUAACUCUACCACCGAUUUCUUACACAGUAUCCACAAUGGCCUUCAUUGGAAUGUCAGAAAGACCCAAUCGUUUGACGGCCCCCGGGAAUCAUGACUUUGGUUGUCUUUCAUUCAAAUAAUAAAAUCAUAUGAAAGCCCUGAAAAUAGAGGGCUCUACAUAUGUAGUAGUGUACUAUUAACUAAAUGCUAACACAAGGACAACUAUAGUAGUAAGCGAAACCACAAUUAAUUUGUAUUGUAGAGGGGCUGUCAUACAAGCUCUGCUUCUCUGUAUCUCAGAUACCUUGCCUUUAGAUACUACCUACAAGUUCUUGCGUACUCUACUUUUGGUUCGGAUCAGAUUAGUGCUGGACAUGGUCUGGUUCCCAGUUUCACAAAGGCUAUAACUGGUACUGGUUCAGG